CGGACAUUAAAUCUAAAGAAAAAAAAAACAAUGAAAGGAUGUUGUUUACAAAAUCCCUUGGUAAAUCGUUUUCUACUUUUGAAAGGAGAACAAAAGGAGACAUGAAAAAAGAAGGGAUAGGCAACUAGGUCUUUUGAAUUCUGUAAUGACAACAUUCUGUAUCAUUUUGUUCUCCUUAUGCACUUCCCCUCUCAAGAAAAACAAGUAUUUGCUUAGGAGAAGACGAUGCAUCCACUAUCUCUCAUACUCCUUGCAUUAUCAAAACAAGUUGCCCAAGGAGUAUAAAAAGAGACAGGAUUAAAUCAUACAAAACUCAAUUCAUCAUGCGUUCUGUCUCUCUUUUACUCUUAGCUGUUCUUGCCCCAUUGGCUCUCACUGCUCCUGUUCAUGAAGUGGAUUCAGUCAGUGCAACAUCACAAACCUUGGUUCAUGAAGCAGGCACAAUGGCUUUAGAUGCUUUCCAUGACCGUACUCAAGCCAGUAUUCAAAAAAGAAUCACAAGUGACCAAGAAGAAGCCUUAGAGGAUGCUGCUGAAGAAGGUCCACAAGCAGGCAAGCAGGUACCUGGUCAAACCAAACAAGCUGCUACUGGUAAACCUCAUCCUAAACAAACUGCUCCAUUAGGGGGCCAUUUGGCUGGUCUGGAUACAGUCACAGGUGUUGCUGGUGGUUUAACAGGCCAAGGCUCUCCUCUUGCGGAUGGCAUUACCGCUGGUUUGGGCGGCAAAGAGACAAAUGGAUUAACAGGUGCUACAGACACGAUUACAUCCACAGCAGGUGGCUUAACCGAUGCAGCCACCGGUAAGACAUCAAGCUUACUUGGUUCUGAAGGCUCGGAUGGUUUAACCAAUGGUCUUACGGAUAAAGCCACAGGACUUGUGGGCGGUCAAGGUGGUGUCAGUGGUGGCGGUUUACCCUUUUAAAUAAAAUAAUAAUAAUUAUGCAUAUUCUAACUUAAUAAUAAAAUUGAAAUGGCGCUUUUGAUUGGGUCUAACAAGACAUCAUUUACUUUCCUUUUCAAGUUAUAGGAUGGCAGGGGAACA